AUGGUAUACACCAAACGGAACAUCAGAAAACUAAUUCUGGAGAGGUCUUGUGAAGAUGGGAAAGUCUACACCUGGAACUCACACCUUGCCAAACACCAUCAGAGCGUUCAUGGUGGGAAGGCACAUGAAAGAGCCUUAAUUCAGAAUGCACUAUUUAUUCCGCAUCAGAGAUCCGAACAUGGAGAGAAUCCUUAUGAGUGUAGUGAAUGUGGAAAAACUUAUGGUAAUUAUUCAGCCCUUACAGUACAUCAGAGAAUUCACACUGGAGAGAAACCCUAUGCAUGCAAGGAAUGUGGGAAAGCCUUUAAUCAUAACGUCUCUCUUAUUCAACACCAGAGAAUCCAUACUGCAGGGAAACCUCAUGAAUGUAGUCAAUGUGGGAAGGCUUUUAGUCAGAUAAGGCACUUUAUUCAACAUCAGCGAAUUCAUGCCCGUGAGAAACCUUAUGAAUGUAACGCAUGCGGUAAAGCCUUCAGUCACAACUCAUCCCUUAUUGAACAUCAGUUUAUUCAUACUGGAGAGAAGCCCUUCAAAUGCAGCGAAUGUGGGAAAGCCUUUAGUCACAACUCUUCCCUAACUGUCCAUCAGUUUAUUCACACUGGAGAGAAACCCUAUGAAUGUAGCGAGUGUGGCAAGGUCUUUAGUCAGAGCUCACACCUCUAUCAGCAUCAGAGAACUCACACUGGAGAGAAACCGCAUGCCUGUAAGGACUGCGGGAAAGCCUUCAGUGAUCCAUCAGCCCUUAUUCGACACCAGAGAACUCAUACUGGAGAAAAACCCUACAAGUGCAGAGAAUGCGGUAAAACUUUCAGCCAGAGCUCAACGCUCAUAAAACACACAAAAACCCACACUGGAGAGAAACCGUAUGCCUGUAAAGACUGUGGGAGAGCCUUCAGCCAGAGUUCAUCCCUGACGCAACAUCAGAAGAUUCACACUGGAGAAAAGCCGUUCAACUGUCACGAGUGUGGGAAAGCCUUCAGCAGGAGUGCCCAUCUUACUCAGCACCAGAGGAUUCACACCGGAGAGAAACCCUGUGGGUGUAAUGAAUGUGGCAGAGCUUUCAGGUGUAGUUCAGCCCUCAUUAGGCAUCAGAGGCUUCACAGUGGAGAAUCACUCUGAAUGUGUGGUCAUUCCGACUCUCGCUUUGUUAAAGACCAAAGAAUCCUACUUUCAUGAGUUACUAUAAUUGUGAUCCCCCCCCCCCGCCUUUUUUUGAGGGCUGAUAAUCCUUGCCUCCCAUUUUCUCCU